CGAGUCAACCCUUGUAAGAAAAUGUCCCCAAACAGAAGGAUUCCGAGGUUCUUUUAAGGGUCUCUCUGCUGGUUCGAUGACAGUGAAGCGAGGUCGGCAGUCGCCGGCGCAGCUCAGCUAAGACAGUUGAGGAAAUUUUCCAGUGGCAAUCGGUAGCGAUUGGGCGAUAUUAUGGAGUCGGGGGGUGAUUGAUUCCUCUGAUUGGGCAGAACAGACUUUCCGAACUUGACCGACCACGCCGCGUGCACAUGCGCAAGAAGGAAAUCGCUGACGGGCUCAGUUAUACCAGCGCUCUCAUUGGCAAUUGCUGUUCUAUCUCAGGUUCUAGUCCCCAACACCCGACCUUUAUUAUCUUUUCCCUCCCCAACUUCCAUCUUGUCUUACUCUGCUCCUUCAGAUCCUCUCGAUACCCCUUGUCUUACUGUUCGUGAUUUGCGUUGUUUCAUCUUCCAAUCGUCAUCCUUCCGACCUGUCCCGCCAUCACAAGGACCCCCAGUUGACCGUUGAAUUUUUGGCCACCUUACGCCCGAGGCCCGCCAUCUGCUUCGCCCUGAAACUUUCGCUCUUCAUCCCUACAAAACCAACCAUCUUCUGUCCAAAACACCAUCAGCCGUAAUCGCCAUCAUGUCUUUCUCCAGCCUUGUUCAGGACUUGAGCCUUCGCGACUCCAAUGGCGCUCGCCGCCCUCAGAUCCCCGGUCCCCGCUCAUCCGUCUCGACUCUCGAUGACCGAGCUUCACACGUCUCGCGUGCUAUGUCCUACACCAGCACUGCUGCCACCAGCGUUAGCAUUUCCGGCGACAUUUCAAGCCAGCUUCAUGGUGGUUACUUCCACCCUCUGGCCCGGUCAUGGCAGGCCGAGCGCCAACUCACAAAGUCCAUGCUCAUCUACCCUCUCUUCGUCACCGACGGCGAAGGCGACAUGAUUCUCGUCCCUUCUCUGCCCGGCCAGCACCAGCUCAGCUGUGACAAGCUGAUUCCCUUCCUCGAGCCCCUCGUUCAUAAGGGCCUCCGCUCUGUUAUGCUCUUUGGUGUCCCCAUGCAAACUGGUACAAAGGACGCUCUGGGUACCGCCGCCGACGACCCCGAAGGACCUGUCAUCAAGGCCAUUCAAAUCAUUCGCCGCCGUUUCCCUCAGCUCUUCAUCUGCUGUGAUGUCUGUCUUUGCGAGUACACUUCUCAUGGCCACUGCGGUAUUCUCCGUGAUGAUGGCAGUCUGAACAACCAGUUAUCUGUCGACCGUAUCUCUGAUGUCGCCAUCGCUUAUGCGAAGGCUGGUGCUCACUGCGUAGCUCCUUCAGACAUGAACGACGGCCGCAUUCGCGCCAUCAAGCUUAAACUAAUUGAGGAGGGAAUUGCCCACAAGACCGUUCUUAUGUCAUACUCAGCCAAGUUCUCAGGCUGCUUGUAUGGCCCCUUCCGAGAUGCCGCCGGCUCAGCACCUUCAUUUGGUGACCGCAAGUGCUACCAGCUUCCUCCCGGUGGUCGUGGCCUCGCACGACGUGCCAUCGUGCGAGAUAUCAAUGAGGGAGCCGAUAUUAUUAUGGUGAAGCCUGCUAGUCAGUAUCUCGACAUUAUCAGUGAUGCCAAGGAUCUGGGUAAAGAUCUUCCCGUGGCUGCAUACCAGGUCAGUGGCGAGUAUGCUAUGAUACAUGCCGGAGCCAAGGCUGGAGUCUUUGAUCUCAAGGCAAUGGCUUUCGAGUCAACAGAAGGCAUUCUUCGAGCUGGCGCUACUAUUGUGGUCAGCUACUUCACCCCUGACUUCCUCGACUGGCUCGAAAACUAGGGAUUGCAAAUUCUACAUGUGAUACAAUGAGAUUUAUCUUAGGGCGUUGGCAGGUGUUUUGGACGAAAAUGUGGGCGUUUCAUAAAUCAAGGAAGGGAACAAGGGAUUUGAUUAUAUCACAUCAAAAGGGACUAUACGAAUGGAAUCAAGAAGCGCUCGCUAAGGAAAGACAAUAUACAUACGAACUUGGUGUUAAAUCCAAUUGACUUGAUGUCACUGAUGCUUGUUCAUAUAUGACACUGAUAAACUCAGCAACUUCAACAAAUAUAGCUAGGUAAUGGGUUGACAGGACUGCAGGCUGAGUCGACGAUCAAAUACAGAUUGUAUAGCGCGGUGGGCCAUGAAAAGGAAAUGUAGCGUAUCUGUCAGGCUCUACUAAUGCCGCUGGGGUUCGGUUUUGGAUGAAUGGCAAGCACAGAUGACGUGUCGUCUGUUCAGCUCGUCUGUCAAGAUGAGGUCGGCGAGAAACUAGAUGGCUGGCAGUGAAGCGUGAUAGUGAUAGUCGUGUAGAUCACAGCACACUUUGAAACCAUGGGCAGAAGCAGGUCCACAGGGCGAUGUUUGCAAGAUUAGUAGAUGCGAGAUAGGACCUGGCAAGCUUAUAUGUUUUACGGUACGAGGUAGUGAGGAUUGGUACCUUGUGGUCAGUUAGCUACUUACGGUAUUUGGUAGACUGAAGCAGAUAUAAAAUCAUCGAUGCCGAGGUAUACAGUGCAUAACACAUCAUGCAUAGAUUCAAAAUACGGUAUCAAGACGCAACAUGAACACUGUCUAUUCGCC